UGAUACUGUGUUGGUAGUUUAUGAUAAAGUAAUUUUUAUUACGGUCAUACUUAACCAUAUAUCGAAUUGUUAAAGUGACAUGCGCUUGGAUUUCACGCUUUUUCUCCCUUCCUCCUGAACGUCGUGUAUUCUAUCUUUUAUUGACGAUCUCUCUCUGACGUCACCGGGCAACCAGGAAGUGUAUGCUUUCCCGCCCUCUCGAGAUACUGUUUUUUGUUUUCACUGCGUAUUUAUAAUUUUAUGAACAAUGACGAGGCGGACAAGAAGUUCUAAAAGCAAAUCGUUGCUACAAAAUGAAGAAGUCCAGUCUCACAAAGUGUGGCAGUGGCAGGGAGAUGAAGGUCAAUGGGAACCGUACUCAACAUCCGACUGUGCCUUGCUGGACUCCGCUGUCACCUCAGGGAAAACCUCCAUCUCUCUGACUUUGGGCUCAGGGGCGCCUUAUGAGGUGGACCUGAAGAAGAUGGUCCAAAUCAAUCCUGUCAGCAAGUACAAGAGAAAGAUUCGCUCCCAGCCGGCGAAAACAGGAGGAGGUUCUGACGACAAAGGUGACACGAGCGCUCCUAACGGUGGUCCAGUUGAAGUCAAAGAAGAAGAGGAGGAGAGCGAGGAGCGGCCAGCUGCGACAAGCAAGAGGAAACGAAGCCAGAGCAAGAGCGAAGGGAAAUCUGAUAAAAGGCUAAAAGAAGAAACACAGAGUGAAGAAGUUGUGAAGACAGUGGUCAUGAAGGGAAAAGCUCCGGUGGACUUGGAGUGCCAGAAGAAGCUUGGAAUGGCUCAUGUUUACUGUGAAGGAGAGGACGUUUACGACGUAAUGAUGAACCAGACCAAUCUUCAGUACAACAACAACAAAUAUUACCUGAUCCAGCUGCUGGAGGACGACGCCUCCAAGGCGUUCAGCGUGUGGAUGAGGUGGGGCAGAGUGGGCAAAGUGGGUCAGAACAGCCUGACGCCGUGCAAUGGAGAUCUGCAGAAAGCCAAAGAUAUCUUCAAGAGAAAGUUUUUGGACAAGACCAAGAACGAGUGGGAACACAGAGCAAGCUUUGAGAAGGUGGCUGGGAAAUAUGACAUGGUCUACAUGGACUACAGCACAAGUUCUAAGGAUGAGAAGGAGACCCUGCCAGUCGCCGAAGUGCCAGAGAAGAAAAUCUCCAAGCUGGACAUAAAGGUCCAGUCUCUGCUGGAGCUCAUCUGUGACCUCAAAGCAAUGGAGGAGGUUGUGCUGGAAAUGAAGUUCGACACUCGCAAAGCUCCCCUUGGAAAGCUGACUUUGGAGCAGAUCAGUGCGGGCUACACGGCGCUAAAGAGGAUUGAGACGUGCUUAAAGCAUAAAGACCGCGCCCGUGAGCUGGUGGAAGCCUGCAACCAGUUCUAUACCCGCAUCCCGCACGACUUUGGACUGAAAACGCCGCCCAUUAUUCGGACAGAAGACGAGCUGAAGAAAAAAAUUGAGCUCUUGGAGGCCUUGAGGGACAUUCAGAUCGCAGUCAAAAUGGUCCAGAGCAGCGAUAAUGGUGAUGAGCAUCCUCUGGACCGACACUACAGCUCCCUCAAAUGCCAGCUGAACCCUCUGGACCCCGUCAGCCAAGAAUACAAGGUGAUUGAAAAGUACUUGCAGUCCACUCACGCCUCCACACACGCUGACUACACCAUGAGCGUGCUGGACAUCUUUGCUGUGGACCGAGACGGCGAGACAGCCCACUUCACGUCACAAAUACAUAACAGGAUGCUGCUGUGGCACGGAUCUCGCCUCACUAACUGGGUCGGCAUCCUCAGCCAGGGGCUCCGAGUGGCGCCGCCCGAAGCUCCCGUCACAGGUUACAUGUUCGGUAAAGGCAUCUACUUCGCCGACAUGUCAUCGAAGAGCGCCAACUACUGUUUUGCCAGAAACCACAACCAAGUCGGUCUGCUGAUGCUCUGCGAGGUCGCCGUGGGAGACAGUAACGAGGUCUUGGACGCCAACUACAAUGCCAACAACUUGCCGGCUGGAAAACACAGCACCAAGGGUGUAGGACAGACCGGACCCAACCCCAAAAACUCUGUGGUUCUGAACGGCAUGACGGUGCCAAUGGGUCCGUGCGUGAAGACGGCGGCAGUGGCGGGCAGUGGGAGCGUUUACUCGCUCCUCUACAACGAGUUUGUCGUCUACAACCCGGCCCAGACGCGCAUGCGCUACCUGUUGCGCAUUAAGUUCAACUACUCAUCGCUCUGGUGACGGAUGAUACUUUAUUUAACAUCAUGUAGGCACUCUCAGCAUUACAUGGGCUAUAUGACGUG